GAACUCCCGCGCGUCGAGUCGCGCUAUGCGUCGGUGGUGAAUUUGAAUUAGUGUAGUGCAGUGUUCGUGUUCAGUGAUUUAAGAUGAAGUCUCUCAGCGCUACCGCGCUACUCACGCUAGCUGUUAUUGCAGAAUGUCUCGGGGCACAGGACCGUUCCCGGCAGCGCUCUGGCUCCUCCCGGAGCGUUCCCAAAACGGCCAACAUCAAGAGGGAUACUGACUUCGAUUGCCCCGAAGAGUUCGGCUACUACCCGCAUCCCACCGAUUGCACGCUGUAUUAUGUUUGUGUAUUCGGCGGCGCCUUGCUCGAAUCUUGUACUGGUGGCCUUAUGUACAGCCACGAGCUCCAAACUUGUGAUUGGCCGCGUAAUGUGGGCUGCGAUGCCACCGGUGCCGUGGUUGCGGAAGAUUUAGAACGCUUGAAUGAGAGGGAACCUCCAUUAUAUCCACCGAGACGCAAUCCACCGCCGCCGCCGAGAACGCAGCCCAACCCCAUAAUCACUUCCCGAGGACAACCGAAAUUCAACCGACAAGAAUACGAACAGCAACAGCAAUUGUAUGCUGAAGUGGAUGACUUACCGCCAGUUGAAGAGAUUGAGAAUGAUAGGCAGCAGAGAGUUUAUAGAGGACAACCUUCGACAAUAGGGCAAGUUCAAAAGGACAGAGAUGGCUACGGGUCCCAGGCCAUUAGUUCUGGAAGAACACUUAAUUCGAAUAUUAUUCCUGCUUCGAUUAAUCAAAAUAGUAAAAUUGGUUCAUUUUCAUUUGGUACUCAAGUUGACGAAAGAAGAACGGCUUCUUUAACUCAAGCGCCUCAGACGUAUAGAUUGGAACCUACAGAAAGUAUUACCCCUACUUCGUAUACUGCAACUCCGCGGCCUAAAAUGUUGUACAAUGGUUCUCAAACUUACAGUCCCGAUCAAUAUGAUCCUUAUUACGCUGUUUACGAUGAAGAUGGUGAAUUGUACAAGGACACAGACUAUGUGCAGCACUAUAAUACGGCUUCGCUUCGACCAGCUGUCCAGCAGACGUAUCGCGGCACACCACCGCCAGUUCGCCGACCUGUCGAGACUUACUCACCAAGACCAGUUUCUCCUGAUGACUAUGAUGACGCUCUUAUUCAAGGCCAGAUAAGCAACCAGAAUCAAUACCAGUCCUCCGUUCGACAGCCGGCAAGGGGCGAAGGUAACGAAUUGGGCUAUGAUCAUAUUCCAAGCAGCGUGAGGACGACUGUUUAUGAAGCAACUUCCCUACGCACUACUCCUUCUACAACUAGCACAAGCACUACUACUACUACUACUACUACCACUACUACCACAACCACACGACGUCCAACAACUGCACCCUACACCGAAGCUAUGACCCCGACUCGAUAUACUCCAAGAUCAUCAAGCGAUGAAAAUCGUAUUCGCGUUCCCGUUUCCACAUCAACCGAAAAAUCUCUUAACGAGCCCACGCCACUAAUUCCUUCUACAAAUUCACCUAUUAUAAACUUCUCAUCCCUCGCUAAACCUUUUGAAAGGACAGACAACUCAUAUAGGUUAGACGAACCAUCGACUGAAAAAUUACCGACUCGUAGACUGACUUCACGUGUGACUAACAGCAAUCGUAGGGAUAAUGUUAAGAUAGAACAAGAUAAUUCAAAUGAAAAGACGAAAAAAAUGUUUUCGCUAUCGACUGGUUUUUCGUUCCGUCGGAAUGUUAAUAAUACUAAAAAUCCUUAUACAUUAACUCUAAUUUCAAAACCUUUCGAUGAGUAUUCAACGUCAAGAACAAAAAAUAAUCGCGUUAAUAACAAUAAAAAACAACAUAUACAAAGAUUUCAUUAUGACACAAGUAAUGAUGGUAACUCUGAAAAACAUAAGAAGAUAAUAGCCACUUAUGAUGAUAGUUCAACAUUACGCCGAAAAGACAUUAGUUCAGAAGGAAACAAUAACGACGACGAUAUUUCUAUUUAUUCGACACCUUCCGUACAAAAAUUUACAUCAAGAACUAGAAUUCGUACAAGUACUACUCCAACUACGGUAGAUACAAAAUAUUACUUAAAAACUAUUUUAAAACGUCCUGUUAGUAAUGACGAUUCUACAGAAAAUUCUAUAAAUACAGAAGCUCUUUUAGAAAGAAAUUCACACAAUGUAACUGACGAUCAUGAUCUUAAUUUAAAUGCUUAUCCCGUCGAGGACUCAGAUAAUUGGAAACAAAUUGAUUUCAGUGAUAACUAUAAUGAACCUAUUAUAUCACCAUAUAAAACUUUAGAUAAUCUUAGAAAUACUGAACGUGUUCCAUCAGAAAACGUUAGGCAAGAUAUUGAUGCCAUGUCAACUAUAUCCAGUACAACGAAGCGUUAUUUUUCAACUACACCUAAAUUAGAUACUUUCGAACAAUCUAAACCAAAUUUAUCUAGAAAACCCUCUUAUUAUCUUUACCAUGUAGAAGACGAAGUUAUGGCCGAUCAGACUACUGAAGUAUUUAAUGGUAAGGUCAAAAGUGUCAUUAAAAGCUUUAUAAGUAACUUUCCAAGUUCGUCUACCUCAAGACAUGUAGAGUAUACAUCUACAACACCCCAAACCGAUGACAAAGUUAUUAAUAUAGAAUCUCAAAGGAUAAAACAUUUUCCUGUCGAACAACCAUUCCGUAGUCACUUACAACAAUUAAAAGUUAUUACAGAAUCAAACAUGAUUCGGUACGUUUCACCUACUGGUGAGACAAUUACUUUUACUGGGCCAAACAGAGACACAAACAAUGAUUAUUCCUCAUCAACAAUGCCUACUACAUAUUCAACAAGCCAAAGGCCUUUAGUUGACAUUGAAACGGAAGCUGGAUUGAUAGAUACGGUUCCGAGCCCUGAUUAUGUAUCGGAAAAAGGUAUUUAUCAAUCUAAAUUCAGUACUUUUGCAAAAGGUAAGUCAGACAUAGAAAAGUCGAGAAAAUAUCAAAGUAUCAUUAACAUUGAGGAAUCACCUAAUGAUAAUAUUAAAAUUAAGAGUCACGAAAACACUGAUAAUAUUGAUGUAACACCAAUAGUUGUAGUGAGCUCUGAAAACGUUAAAGCACAGACUGAAACUGAACAUCCACGACCAGUAAAUGACUAUAUAAGUGACAUUGCUUCAACUACUAGUACUACUAAAUCGACUACUACUUUGAAAGCUGUAACAGAAACAAAACCGACGACUAAAAGCGUAUCCUUUCCAACUCGUGCCUCUCGAAUCAACCCUGCCAUAAAGUUAGCUGCGGCAAAUCUCGGAGGUGGGCGCAGGAGUUACCAAUCGUCGUCCAAUUGUUCAUCAGAUAACAGUCUGCAAGUGAAUCCAAAAUGCAACGAAAUCAAAUAUCAGAGGCCAAACACCAGCACACGAGGUCGAGGUUCUGCUCAUUAUUCAACUUCGGGUGCAUCUGAUUCGGCACAACAGACACCUAACAGAGGAACACCCCCAACUCGCAGUCGACCAACGUUGAAACCAUCAACUGCUAUAGUAGCUAAGGUAGCAGAAGUGGAUAUUUACACUAAUCCUCCGAGUCGACCAGCUCCAGUGUAUCCUCAACCUACACCUGAUAAAACAGCAGCUAAAUGCAGAAAAGAUGUCUGUCUCUUGCCUGACUGCUUUUGCGGAGGAAAGGAUGUCCCUGGCGAAUUACCGGUGGAUAAGAUCCCGCAAAUUGUUCUGCUGACGUUUGACGACUCUGUUAAUGACUUGAAUAAGGGACUCUACGCUGAUUUAUUUGAGAAAGGUCGCGUUAACCCUAACGGGUGUCCUAUUUCUGCUACAUUUUACGUAUCACAUGAAUGGACGGAUUACAGUCAAGUACAAAACUUGUAUUCAGCUGGACAUGAGAUGGCAUCACACACAGUUUCUCAUAGUUUUGGAGAGCAAUUUUCUCAAAAGAAAUGGAACAGAGAAAUUGGUGGUCAAAGAGAAAUUUUAGCCGCUUACGGUGGUGUAAAGCUUGAAGACGUAAGAGGCAUGAGGGCUCCAUUCUUGUCUGUCGGAGGCAACAAAAUGUUUAAAAUGUUGUACGAUUCAAACUUUACUUAUGAUUCAUCACUUCCCGUGUAUGAGAAUAAACCGCCGAGCUGGCCUUACACUUUGGACUAUAAACUAUUCCACGACUGCAUGAUACCACCAUGCCCGACUAAAUCUUAUCCAGGUGUAUGGGAAGUCCCCAUGGUGAUGUGGCAAGACCUUAAUGGUGGUCGUUGCUCUAUGGGAGAUGCCUGUGCCAACCCUCCAGAUUCGGACGGCGUAUACAAAAUGAUAUUAAAGAAUUUCGACAGGCAUUACACAAGUAACAGGGCUCCGUUUGGUCUAUUUUACCAUGCAGCUUGGUUUACUCAACCGCACCACAAAGAAGGAUUCAUUAAAUUCUUGGACUUUAUAAAUCAAAUGUCUGAUGUAUGGAUCGUCACCAAUUGGCAAGCUUUACAAUGGGUCCGCGAUCCGACUCCAAUAUCGAGAAUGAACAACUUCCAACCUUUCCAGUGCAACUACCAGGACCGACCUAAAAAAUGUAACAAUCCGAAAGUGUGUAACCUUUGGCACAAAUCCGGAGUAAGAUACAUGAGGACGUGUCAACCGUGUCCAGAAAUAUACCCUUGGACUGGCAAAACUGGAAUAAGAUCAUCACGCAUCGACAAUGACAUCGAAGAAUAAAUAUUCCUACCAAUUAAGUAGUUACAAAACUAAUAAUAUCCAUCCUGAGUAAUGAUCCAUUAGUAUUUGCUUUUUAUUUGUAAGCCAACGAGGCAAGGAUCGCUCUAGUAAAUUAUUGUCAAUAGAAAUUGUUUUGUCACCAACUAGUAAGUGCCAUUUAGAUUAGAUGGUCACAAAGCAAAAAUUGUAAAUUCUACACGAUUUCAUCAUAGUUGAAAUAGAGUUUUGAUUAUUUUAUAAUAAAUUACAUUUCGUUCCGUUUUAGAUAAAGUUGUAAUGUAUUGGAAACUGUGAUAUUAUGUGUUUUCAACCGUUUAGAAAGAAAAAUGCAUCCAACAUUAUUAGUAACUUUAUUUAAUUACUUCGUCGGUGUUACGAUAUUUUGCUUUAUAUAGUGUUCUUGUAAUAAUUUAUAAAUUAGGUCUUUUCAUUUACUUAUAUUGGAAUGGAAUAUACAGUAGGCGUAAGAAUUUUAUAUGAAAUCACAAAGUUACUCAAAUAGCAAUGAGAUUAACUGCGAUAUUGUUAUCAGUUCAAUAAUUAUUGAAAUCAUCUUCAUUUAACAUUUUGACAGAUUAUAAUUUUUAAUGUGAGCCAUAUUAAAAUUUAGAAAUACUUCUCCUAUCUUGCCAGCGUUGUGGUUAACACUGCCUUUUUAUACAAUUGUAAAUAUAGUUAGUGCUUUGUGUUAAGUGUUAGGUUAAGACUGUGUGAAUUGUAAGCGCUUCAGAAUAAUGAAAAUUGACAUAAACGUGUGUUUUGUGUUCGGACAAGGCGAAUUUUCGGCGUAUAAGUAUAGCGUCCCGUGAACGUCUGUCUACAUCGCAUUUGUGAUGAAGCACAUGUUAAUGUGAUCGCUAUUUUCAUUUAGAAAGUAUAAAAAUCUUACUUUUAUUGGAACUUUGUGAAAAAUCAAUUGUUUUUUUAGGUUUCAUUUAUUUUAGAUAUUGUUUUUAUCGCAGUGUAUAAUUCAAUGCACAUUAGGUGCUGCUAAAUUAAUAGUAGCGCUUGCAGAGUAUAUUUAAAAAUUUGCAAUAUUUAUAAGUCCUAUUAUUGUAAAUAUAGAUAUAGUAUUUAAAAUUGGUAGUUCCAUUCUUAUGCGAAUUGUGUUUGAUAAGUAUUUUGAAUUAUUUUUUAUCGGCUUUUUGAUGUAUGUCGUUUGUGAUGUUUGAUACUGGGACCCGUACUUUUCUACCAGAUGUACUUUUUGUAUUCAUUCAGGUAAUUUUAUUACUUCGAUAUGUAAUGAACGCAAGAUGUGCAGCUUAAUAAAAUGAUAUGAUUA